AUGUCUAGCCAAGUCGAGCACCCAGCUGGAGGCUACAGGAAGCUUUUUGAAACCGUGGAAGAGCUGUCUUCACCACUCCCAGCUCACGUCCGAGGCAGAAUCCCACCAUGGCUCACUGGCAGCCUCCUUCGAUGUGGGCCUGGUCUGUUUGAAGUUGGAAGUGAGCCGUUUUACCAUCUGUUUGAUGGCCAAGCCCUUCUGCAUAAGUUUGACUUUAAGGAAGGCCGGGUCACGUAUCAUAGAAGGUUCGUCCGCACGGACGCCUAUGUAAGAGCCAUGACAGAGAAAAGGAUCGUCCUGACGGAAUUUGGCACCUGCGCCUUCCCUGAUCCGUGCAAAAACAUCUUCUCCAGGUUUUUUUCUUACUUCCGAGGAGUGGAGGUCACCGAUAAUGCCCUUGUUAACAUCUACCCCGUGGGGGAAGAUUACUAUGCCUGCACCGAGACGAACUUCAUAACCAAGAUCAACCCGGAGACUCUGGAGACAAUUAAGCAGGUCGACCUUUGCAACUACAUCUCUGUCAAUGGUGCAUCAGCUCACCCCCACAUUGAAAACGAUGGAACUGUUUAUAACAUUGGCAACUGCUUUGGAAAGAACUUUUCUAUUGCUUAUAACAUCGUCCGGAUUCCUCCCCUGCAAGCAGACAAAGAAGACCCAAUAAACAAGUCUGAGGUGGUCGUUCAGUUUCCUUGCAGUGAUCGGCUGAAGCCAUCUUAUGUCCACAGUUUUGGGCUGACUCCGAAUUACAUCGUUUUUGUGGAAACGCCCGUCAAAAUCAACCUACUGAAGUUCCUCUCCUCCUGGACCCUCUGGGGAGCCAACUACAUGGACUGCUUUGAGUCCAAUGAAACCAUGGGGGUGUGGCUUCACGUGGCUGAUAAAAGACGAGGCAAAUACCUCAACAACAAAUACAGAACAUCCUCCUUUAACCUCUUCCAUCACAUUAACACAUAUGAAGAGGGUAACUUCCUGAUCGUGGACCUCUGCUGCUGGAAAGGAUUUGAGUUCGUUUAUAAUUACUUGUAUUUGGCCAAUUUACGGGCGAACUGGGAGGAGGUCAAAAGAAAUGCCACGAAAGCUCCCCAGCCUGAAGUGCGGAGAUACGUCCUUCCCUUGACCAUCAACAAGGCUGACACAGGCAAGAAUUUGGUCAGUCUGCCCAACACCACAGCGGCAGCCAUUCUCCGUAGUGAUGAGACCGUCUGGCUGGAGCCGGAGGUCCUCUUCUCUGGGCCCCGCCAAGCUUUCGAGUUUCCCCAAAUCAAUUACCAGAAGUAUGGUGGGAAGCCCUACACAUUUGCAUAUGGGCUUGGACUGAACCAUUUUGUUCCCGACAGGCUCUGUAAGCUGAAUGUCAGAACCAAAGAAAUGUGGCUGUGGCAGGAGCCAGACUCCUAUCCAUCUGAGCCCAUCUUUGUGUCCCACCCAGACCCACGGGAAGAAGAUGACGGAGUGGUUCUGAGUGUGGUGGUGAGCCCCGGGGUGGGGCAGAAGCCCGCUUACCUCCUGGUCCUCAAUGCCAAGGACAUGACCGAAGUCGCAAGGGCCGAAGUGGAAAUCAACAUCCCUGUCACCUUCCAUGGGCUGUUCAAAAAAUCCUGA